CUCAUAAUUAUUCUGUAGUUGGUUUUGGUCGCACAAACCAAUCGGAAAAAUCCACUCCGCAUACAAAAAGUUGAGAAAAUUAAAACACGCGCGUUUUCAAUCAUCCUGUUGUUGUUUUUGGUUGCAUUUUAUUUUUUGUUCCAUUUUUAUUCUGAACGAAAAGCAAAAAAUCAAACGAAAUUAUCACUUGAAAAGUUGCUAGUGAACCGAAACACCGCAGUGUAGAAAAGAAAACCAAACAUAUUGUUCAUUUACCUUUGGAAUCUGUGUUCAGCAAACAAAACAACGGAUAACAUUUUUCGCCUCAUUAUCAUUAUAAAUUGCUCAGUUGUUUAUCGGAACGCGCUUAUUUUUAGCGGAAAAUGGCUUUAAGUCAAACAUCAGUGUUGAAGCUCUAUCACACAGUGAUAGAUGAUGUAAUAGCCGGCGUUCGGGACUCCUUUUUGGAUGAAGGUGUUGAUGAGCAAGUGCUGCAAGAAAUGAAACAGGUAUGGACAAACAAGUUGAUGGCAAGCAAAGCAGUUGAGGCUCAUAUUGAACCAACCGAAACACAACCACCGCCGAUCGUCACCAAUAACACACCCAAAUCAAAACCAAAUGGAACAAAAUCAAAGAAACCGAGUGCACAACGAGAACACAAGAAUACAGAAUCAAAUGCUGCACAAAAUACCGUGGCUGAAGCAUCCACUGAAAAUAAAAUAAAGCCCAAUCAAACAUUAGUUGUGACCCAGCAACAUACGAUAAACAAAUCGGCUAACUCACAGCCCAUUCAGACACAAUCAACUGCCGUUCAUCAAAAACAACCUCCUGCAUUGGUUCCGACACAGUCGAUUGCUCAGCAGCAAACAGCUCCGCCUCCACCUGCCGCUAUCAUCGGUCUUGAUCCAUCAAAAAUCGUACCGAUUCAAAUAACUUUGCCCGCGUUGCCCAAUUCGCCAAAUCCAGAACCGCGUGUGCUGGAAAUCCAAGUGCCUGCAUCUGCAUUACAAGAGAAUAAAUUACACAGUGCUUUAACUGCAACCAAUAUCAUUCAAUCGAUAAUGACUUUACCACCGGCAGUUGCUGCCUCUGUGCUACAACAGCAUAUCAAUGCCGUAUUGGCCAAUAGUGGUACGACAAUUGCCAAACAAUUGGACGGCACCGCAGACACCUCAGAUGAUGAAGGUAGUGAUGUAAGCGAUGACAAUUUGGAUAAUGAUGACGAUGAUGACAAUUUACAGGAAAAUGAAGAAGAAGAGGAGGGCAUUGGUGCUGAAGAGGAGCCUUUAUGUAGUGAUGACGAUGUUUCGGAAGAAGAGAACCAAAAUGACUUAUUUGAUACAGAGAAUGUGGUGGUGUGUCAAUACGAUAAAAUAACGCGAUCACGUAACAAAUGGAAAUUCUAUUUGAAAGAUGGCAUCAUGAAUAUAGGCGGCAAGGAUUAUAUUUUCCAGAAAUCAAACGGAGAUGCGGAAUGGUAAACAUUUUGAACUGUUGUCGAUUGAUCAAUGCGAUUCAAAUUAAGUUCAAAUUUCAAAGGAGAUAAAAAAAAACAAGCAACAUUACUACUAUUUGAUCAUUAAUUUUAAUUCCCCAUUCACACAUCUCCCUCAAUCCCGUCUACACACGUGUUCAUCUCUAUCAACAAACAGCUGUGAGCCCCAAUUCUGACCUUUUCAUUUUCACUAACAUAUACUGGAUUGAAUCAGUUGUUUAAAUCAAUCAAUGAUUUUUUUUGUAUAUUUGAACUGUUUUUUUUUUGCAUCUGACAAUAUUUGUCGCUAUGUGUCCCCCCCAUACACACACACAUUCGCGACACAAACGGAACAAAUAAUGUCAAGAAAAUAAAGUAAUUCAAAGACUUAACAUAAAGCGAAAUCUAAUUUUUAUCUGUGAACGAUAAGUUGCAAACGAAAAUUUUGUUUGAAGAAAGGAAAAAAGAACUAGAAGCAUUGAUGAUGAACCAACACUUUUGUAUUAGACAUGAUAAGUUUCAAUUUUGAUGUACAACAACCGAAGAGCCGGCGAAGACAACAAUAUUUGUUUUUGUCUUAAGCAUUGUGUUGCAACUGACACAAGUAAAACUGAUCAGGAGACAAAUCUUAAUGAAUAUUACUGAUACAAAAACUAUUAUAUGUAUGAAAUAUUUAAAUUUAUAUCAUUUUUCUCUGGCAAAAUUGAAAUAAUGUAAUAUACGAGAAUGUCAUCGGACAUAAAUUAAAAAGAUGAAAAAUAAAAAUUGAGACGAAAA